AUGAAAAAAGACUCUGGAUACCCCACCAUGGCUGAGCAGCAGAAGCAGGAAGAGAAGCUCUGGCAUGCCAUGAAGAUCACUGCCUAUGUCUUCAGCACAGGCCUGCUCGUAUUCACUGCCCUAGCAAAUGCUGUUUCUAGGUACACGCACAAUAUCUGGGACAAUUCAGGCCAUUUCUGGCAAACAACGUGGCUAAAGUUCUACCACCUGUGUGAGGGAGACGAAUGGACAAUUUUCUUCCUUGGGGCUGCACUGGUUCCUGCCCUUGCUUUCUGGGGCUUCAACGGAAUCUUCCUGGUGGCUGAUGUAACUGGAAAGCCAACUUUCAUUACUCGCUAUCGGAUUCAGCUGGGCAAGAACGAUCCUGUGGACACACAGAAACUGCGCCAAGCCAUCUACACAGCGCUGUUUAAUCAGUUCUUUGUCUCCUUGCCCAUGCUUGUGCCCAUGUUCUACCUCAUGAAAUGGUGGGGCAACACCUUCACCAAGGAAUUGCCCACCUUCCGCUGGUUUCUUGUGGAGCUAAGCGUCUUCACCUUAAUAGAGGAAAUUCUCUUCUACUAUACACACAGGCUUGUUCACCUCCCACUCCUGUAUAAGCACAUUCACAAGAAGCACCACGAGUGGACAGCCCCCAUCGGCGUGGUCUCCAUUUAUGCUCACCCGGUGGAACACAUACUCUCCAACACGCUGCCUGUCAUGACCGGCCCGAUGAUCAUGGGGUCUCACAUCGUUUCCAUCUCAGCGUGGUUCUCCCUGGCUCUCAUAACAACAAGCAUUUCACACUGCGGCUACCACCUGCCCAUCCUGCCCUCACCGGAGUUCCACGACUUCCACCACCUCAAGUUCAACCAGUGCUAUGGAGUCCUGGGAGUGCUGGAUUACCUGCAUGGCACAGACAGAGCGUUCAGACAAACCAAAGCCUACGAGAGGCACCGGGUCCUGCUCAGCCUCACGCCGCUCUCAGAAAGCAUCCCCGAGGAACCCAAGAGGGCAGAGUGA